AUGUCAGAAUUAACCUUUCUGCUGCUGUAUUUUUAUAUGGUUCAAGGUGCACUGUUGCUAUAUUCUGACUGUAAAGAUACAGUUUACAUGAAAAUACACUACAAAGAAAACUUAAUAAAUGGCUACUCUAGAUUAUUUUCUCCUAUAGAAUCUGUACACAAAUGUUUAGAACUCUGCAGAGACGAUGUUUUAUGUAAAUCAGUUGGUAUUGACACCAGUAAAAUGGAUUGUUAUUUAUAUGAUGGUAGAGUUUAUGCUGGAUUACCAGGAACAGUCAAUACAGAUAUGAUAUAUUACUGGCAGCUAGAAGCUGAAUGUCCUAUACAUCUUAGAUAUAGUGAAGAUCCUGCUAGUAAAAUAUAUACUGAAUGUCCUAUACAUCUUGGAUAUAGUGAAGAGCCUACCAGUAAAAUAUAUAGUAAAUAUAAAACAAUACUUGUGUUAGAUGCUGAAUGUCCUAUACAUCUUGGAUACAGUGAAGAUCCUACCAUUAAACUAUAUAGUACAAUAUAUAUUGAAUGUCUUAUACAUCUUGGAUACAGUGAAGAUCCUACUAGUAAAAUAUAUACUGAAUGUCCUAUACAUCUUGGAUACAGUGAAGAUCCUACCAGUAAACUAUAUAGUACAAUAUAUACUGAAUGUCCUAUACAUCUUGGAUACAGUGAAGAUCCUACCAGUAAAGUAUAUAGUAAAAUAUAUAUUGAAUGUCUUACACAUCAUGGAUACAGUCAAGAUCCUACUAGUAAAAUAUAUACUGAAUGUCCUAUACAUCUUGGAUACAAUGAAAAUCUUAUUAACAAGAUAUGCAGUAAAUUUUACUCCGACAUUGUAAACUGGACUCAUGCUGAAGAAAUAUGCGAGAUGGACGGAGGGCAUUUAUUUGUAGCGGAUACAACCGAGAAGAUAGCUAUUCUUCAGGCUCAUUGCUUUAUUGGAGCAACAGAUAUUUUACAAGAAGGUGAUUGGAAUUGGUUAAAUGGUAUUCCUGUUGAUCAAAAUAUGUGGAUCGUGGGAGAACCCUCUUAUUUAAUGGGUAUUGAAAAUUGCUUAGGAAAUGUUGCUCAACCUUCGCCUGGCUUUAACAACAUCCCUUGUUCUUUUAAGUAUGAAUUCAUGUGCGAAGUUCCUACAAAAAAAGUUUUCAACAAGUAA